AUGGAACAUAGAAGCUCCCUUAGGCAAAGUUAGAUCUCAUAAUUUUUCUAAAGAGAUGAUGAGAAUACUAUUGAAGACAUUGAAGAAUCUAAAGCAAUCGAUUCUUAAGAAUCAGAAGAAGACUUUGAGAGUCCUGAAUACAUCACUACAAAUCUAUUGUUUGAGAGGAAUUUGACUCUUGCUGAUAUUGAAGUUGAUACAAUCAACUAUAAAGACAUGGAUUACUUAUUCUUUGAUAUUGUUGAAGAACUUGACAAUUAUGAUUUCGAAGGCUUCAUCAUUGAUCCAAGAUUAGUAGUUAAGGAAUAAUAGAAGAUUAAAACAGUAUAGACUUUGCUAACUGAUGAAUAAAUUAUGAACUUAGCUAGGCAAGUUCUGGAGUUAUACACUAAGUAUAGAUAGUCAGAUCUAGAGCCUUAAGGAAGAUUUGUGCAGAAUAUAGAUCUUGAUUUACCAAGACUUGAAUAAAGAGUUAUUGAAAAUCAUUGA